AUGAAUACCGACAAAAGCUCUUUAAUAAACUUUCAAGAAAUCAAAGGAGACCUAUUCACCCAUGCACUUCCACACGAAUCUCUUGCUCACUGCAUCUCAAAAGACAUACGUAUGGGCGCUGGAAUUGCUCUUCAGUUUGCGAAAAAAUAUGGUGGCGUCCAAGAACUAAAAGCUCAACAAAAAAAUAUCGGAGAAGUUGCCCACUUGAGACGAGAUGGUCGAUACGUUUUUUAUCUUAUCACCAAGGAAGGUGUUUACGAUCGCCCAGAAAAAGGCGAUUUUAUUUGUUCGUUGCAUUGUCUUAGGGGUCUUUGUGAGCAACUUGGUGUUAAACAUAUUUGUAUGCCACGAAUUGGAACCGGAUUGGAUAAGUUACCAUUAGAUUUUGUUCAUGCGUCUGUUAAGGAAAUUUUCAGAGGAAGUGAUAUUA